AAUCCGUUUGUGGUGGAUUACAGUAAUCCGACAGCAGUCUGGACGAUACAUUUUAUCACGACUAAAACCCAAACCUUAGAGGCCUGAACCAGAUGUGGUACAGCCAAGAACAAACAGAUGAAAUUAAGAGAUGAACUGAGGCGUGGUGCGUAAAACUCAUCUUAGUGGCUGACAGUGAGUUUGGUUGGAAAUCGUUUCCUGAACCGGAGCGGUCGAUUCAUCUGACAGAAAUUGACAGCAGCUGGCUUGCUACCUCCGCAGCGCAGGGCAGAAAGACUAGGCAGAAAAAAAGCUUUAAUUUAGUAAUUAAAGCGAUCUUCCCUAUUCCCUCCCCCCACCGUAUUCUAGCCAGCUAAAUUACUCUCCUGCUAGCCCUAGUUGAUCUGCACUGCCCCCGUCUGCUAGUCUGCUGCCGGAGAGGAAGGCUACUACGGAUCCAGAGGUGCUGUUGGAGUUAGCUAGCUAGCACGGCUAGCUACGCCGAGGAGUUCACACCAUUAGCUAGCCGUUUCCUGCUGGGGCAGAAACGCCGCGAUGUCGGUGACGAAAGACCAAAUGCCAACUAAAUUGUCCACCACCGAGCGGCCCAUUAAAGCGGUCCCCUACCCGCCCGGCUCCAGGCUGACGGUGAAGGACCUGUACGUAGACGGGAAGCCCAGUGUUGAAGCCCUGAAGAGCCAUCUAGUUAAGGAGGGCCGUCUGGAGGAGGAAGCCGCCCUGCGCAUUAUCACCGAUGGAGCCAACAUCCUACGGCAGGAGAAGUGCAUGCUGGAGGUCGAAGCGCCUAUUACAGUGUGUGGGGACGUCCACGGCCAGUUCUUUGACCUGAUGAAGCUGUUCGAGGUGGGCGGCUCCCCCAGCAGCACCCGGUACCUCUUCCUGGGGGACUACGUGGACCGGGGCUACUUCAGCAUCGAGUGUGUAUUGUUCCUGUGGACUCUGAAGAUCAAUCACCCAACCACUCUGUUCCUACUCAGAGGAAACCACGAGUGCCGACAUCUCACAGAGUACUUCACCUUUAAACAGGAGUGUAAGAUAAAGUACUCCGAGCGUGUAUAUGAUGCAUGUAUGGAGGCGUUUGACUGCCUCCCCUUGGCGGCCCUCCUAAACCAGCAGUUCCUGUGUGUCCAUGGAGGCCUGAGCCCUGAAAUCACCUGCCUGGAUGAUAUACGGAAGCUGGACCGGUUUAAGGAGCCGCCUGCCUUCGGGCCCAUGUGUGACCUGCUGUGGUCGGACCCUGGAGAGGACUACGGCUCGGAGAAGUCCCAGGAACACUUCGCUCAUAACUCGGUCAGAGGGUGCUCCUACUUCUACAGCUACCCAGCAGUAUGUGACUUUCUGAUGAACAAUAACCUGUUGUCGGUAAUAAGAGCCCACGAAGCACAGGAUGCUGGGUAUAGAAUGUACAGGAAAAGCCAGACGACAGGGUUUCCGUCUCUGAUCACGAUCUUCUCCGCUCCAAAUUACCUGGACGUGUACAACAACAAAGCGGCGGUGCUCAAGUACGAGAACAACGUGAUGAACAUCCGUCAGUUCAACUGCUCCCCCCACCCCUACUGGCUGCCCAACUUCAUGGACGUCUUCACCUGGUCCCUGCCCUUCGUGGGCGAGAAAGUGACCGAGAUGCUGGUUAAUGUGCUCAACAUCUGCUCUGACGAUGAGCUCAUGUCCGAAGGGGAUGACACCUGCGAGGCUGGGACGUCUGCUGUGAGAAAGGAGGUGAUCAGGAAUAAGAUCAGAGCGAUUGGGAAGAUGGCCCGUGUCUUCUCUGUGCUCAGAGAGGAGAAUGAGAGUGUGUUGCAGCUGAAGGGUCUGACCCCUACUGGGGCCUUGCCAAUGGGAGUUCUAUCUGGAGGGAGACAGACCCUGGAGAGCGCCACCGUAGAGGCAGAGGAAGCACGAGCCAUCCAAGGGUUCAACCCGCAGCAUAAGAUCCAGUCCUUUGAGGAAGCGCGCGGUCUGGACAGGGUCAAUGAGAGGAUGCCGCCCCGCCAGGAUGCUCCUCCCCCUCCCAACAACCUCACAGCCAGUGGCUCACCGGACAAGAACGGAACCAACACACAGGCCUAGACAGCCCGCCCAUCCCCCCCCGUCUUUCCCUCUUCAUUCACACAGGCCUAGAUAGCCCGCCCAUCUCCCCCCCUGUCUUUCCCUCUUCAUUCACACAGGCCUAGACAGCCCGCCCAUCUCCCCCCCUGUCUUUCCCUCUUCAUUCACACAGGCCUAGAAAGCCCGCCCAUCUCCCCCCCUGUCUUUCCCUCUUCAUUCACACAGGCCUAGAAAGCCCGCCCAUCUCCCCCCCCGUCUUUCCCUCUUCAUUCACACAGGCCUAGACAGCCCGCCCAUCUCCCCCCUGUCUUUCCCUCUUCAUUCACACAGGCCUAGAAAGCCCGCCCAUCCCCCCCCCCCCCCCCAUCUUUCCCUCUUCAUUCACACAGGCCUAGAAAGCCCGCCCAUCUCCCCCCCUCUCUUUCCCUCUUCGUUCCCUCUUUCCUUCUCUCUCCAUCUCUUCUCUCCCUCUUUCCUUGUCUCCCUCUUUCUUUCCUUCUUUCCCUCUCUUAUUCUCACCCUCUCUUUCCUUCUCUCCCCGUCUUUCCCCUAUGUCCUUCUUGCUGGUCUCGUCUAUUUUCCUCUUUCCUCCCUCUUCUCUCUGUGAGAGGCUUUAGGAUGGGUCCUUAUAAUGUUGCCUCCAGAGAAUCAAACAUGUUUAUUUAUUUCAUCAUCUAGACAGAGUUUAAAAGUGGAUCUGAACAAAUGAAACAUGAUGAUUCAAUCUACAGUGUACAUUUCUAUAAAUGCUACGUGACGAUUCAAUCUACAAUGUACAUUUCUACGUGGACUGGCCCUAGGCUGGGCAUCACAGCCGUAUUAAAUAAAAGGCAAAUCCAUUUUGUAAUUUUGAGUUGAUAUUUGGGAUAAAUUUCAGAACACCUUUUUAUGUUACUGCUUUGUGUGCUUGGCAAAUGAAGACUUACUCUGUAAAUGGUCUUCACUCAUUUAAGAUAAGUACCGAGGCUGAGGUACGUCACAUAUAAAGUACCUGCGCCAUGGUACCUAAGAUUCAAAGUACCUCUAUGUCUGUGUCCCACCCAAAAAAGAGCAAGCAAGAGCACUUGAAUAAAAGAAGAAAAAUGAUGUGGAACCUCCUUCUCAUUAACUCCAUCCUUUCUAAUGCCAAUGAUUGGUUGUGUGGCUGAGUAUUGACAUUUCUAUUAUAUAUGUACAUUAUAAAUGUUCCCUUCUCUAAAUGUGAUUUUGACUUUUUUUGUUUGUUUAUUUUUUAUUUCUAUGAAAAAGUAUAGAAUUCGGCUUCAUACCCAGGGAGGGAGGGUGGGGGGGUGCAGGGGUGAGGUAGGGAGACGUUCUCUCUGGAGAUGUCAUUUACUGUUGGGAGAGUUAAAGAGAUGGUGUGGGAGGUGUGUGUGUGUGUGGGUGAGAGUGUGAGUGUAUGUGAGAGACAAAGGUAGGAGUGAAAGGUGUUUGCUUGUGUGACUGCCAGAGAAGGAUGUGUGUAGGUGGAUGAUGACUGAGUGGACAAUUGGCUUUUUAGAUUGUGGGUGUUUGGAUGGAGGUGGAUGUAUUUUCGGUGGUGGAGGUAUUUGGGGUGGUUGUUGGUGGAGGUAUUUAGGGUUGUUGGGAGCUAAUAGAGAAUGGUGUUGACGUGUCAUGGAGCUGUAUGUGAGGAGGCGGGAGGGGAACCGGGCUUCGUUUUGUUUCUGACUUCUGUUCCAGCUCCUCAACAUAUCUCACAGAAUGUACAGCGAUUGUUUGUCAAGGUUUUCUUAAUAGCUGAAUUGAAAAAAAAAAAAUUUUUUGUCAAGUACUUGUACUGCGAGGCCUCUCAGAUUUCUGUAGAUGUAUCACUCCAUUCAAUAAAAAACUGAAAAACACUCA